AUGGACCACGGUGGCGACUCCGAGCGGGCAAUCCUGGCAGGCUUCUAUUUCAAUAACAUGGUGGAGAAGUCUGGUUUCGGCCUCCAUGGCAAGCCUGUGCACGGCAUCGUAGGCUUCACUACGUCGGGAUCUUCGUUGGCUGGCGCCACCGCCAUGCAUGCAAUGGGGAUCCCCAUGGUCUGCUACUCCACUACCAGCCCACUGUUCUCGCUGAGGAACGGCGGCGCGCUCAAGUACCCAAACUUUUUCCGUGUCUGCCCUGGCGACCAGAACCGGGUGAGGGCUGCGGCGCGCGCGAUCUCGGAGUUCGGGUACACCGCAGUGGUCUCGCUAUACUUCAGCGAAGACUACACGCGCAGCAUGUGCAAUGCAUUCGCAAGCACGGCCACCUCUCUGGGUAUGACCGUAGUCUCCAAGGAGUUGCCCACGACGGACAGCAACAGUGGCGCCCCUCCAAAUGAGCAUGCCAAGCAGCGCAUCCAGGAGGUGCUCACUGAGAUCCACCAUGAUCCAUCUAUGCCCCGAGUUAUCAUGAUGUGCGCGUUCGGUGCGGAGCUGCCCGAGGUGUUGAUGCAGGCCGAGAGCAUGGGAUUGCGCCGGAAGGAUCACAACUACGUCUGGUUUCAUCCCGACGAUAACGUUUUGGAGGAUCUGUCUAUUGCAUUAGGCACCUUUUCGGUUACUUGGAUGGCUGAUUCUAACCGCACGCCGCUCUUCAAGGAGGCCUGGGACAGUGGCGGUUUCCGAGCUGACGGUUUCGAGUACAAGUUAGGUGAGAACAUUUGCGGAUCUUCGCAGAACGAGUCGUGUUGGGACAUGCCGAAGGGUUCUGAUUGGGGCGAGGGUAACGGCGAUUUUUUCAGAUACGUCGAUAACAGAACCGUGACGGCGCAGAACAGUUUCGACGAGUGCAGGAUUUACACGCAAUUCGCCUACGACAGCAUUGUGAUGUACAGUGCAGCGAUGCACAAAGGCAUCGUCGAGGGCGUCUUCACGAAAGAAUCGGUGACAGGUCCGCUGUUGGAACAGAUGCUGAAAAGUCUCGUGGGCGACAUCACCUACGGUGAAUGCCUGUCAAAUGGCCUCCUGACGUUCAAUGAGGACCAGGGGCGCAAUUUGCCCUACGUGGUGAAGAAUUUCUACCUGGACAGCAGUAGUGGCACGGUGAAGGCCACCGAUGUCGCCAUGGUGCCUGACCAACUGUCUGACGCCGUGGUAUACUUGGUAACCUCAGAUUUGGCCUCGUGCUCCAUGGACUACCCCGGCGAUGCGUGCUUCAAGCCGGGCGGCGAGGGCCCGCUCUUCGAUGGCGGCUUCCCGCUGGGCAGGGCGGCGUCUUGCACUAGCGGUGCGUACUGGUACGAGGGCGAGUGCGUGCCAGCAGGCCUCGGUUACUACGUCCCCAAGAUGACAGCGGGCCAGCUUCUGCCCUACAUGGCGCAGACACCCUGUCCCGCGGGCUCGUACACAAACUCGACGGGCGAGACCGCAUGUACACCAUCCAUACCAGGCUACAUUGCGAACGAGAACUCCACGAGCGAGGUCGAAUGCGAGAGCGGCACAUUCUCGGACGAGAGGGGCGCCGCGGAGUGCACCAGGUGUCUCGCCGGCGAUUUCCAGGAGCAGCGAGGUCAGACGCAUUGCGACCGCUGUGAAGUGGGCAAAUAUCAGGAUGCAAAGGGCAGUUCCAGUUGCACUGCCUGCAGAGAGGGUCGCACGACUCUGCACACGGGGUCCAUCCACGCCUCGGACUUCGGAUUUGCCGCGUGGGCAUCGAGUACUUGA